AUGAGGGGCACCGUACUCACUUUCGCGGCCACGCUGAUCGGCUCCGUUGGAGCUGCCUGCACUGGCUCCUCCAGUUCGAGUGCUGCGGUUACAUCAGGCUCCAGUACCGUUGCUACACCAAGCUCCAGCACCGUGGUCACUCCCACCGUCACCCUCUCUGCCGGUACGGUGACAGGCGCAGUGGAUGGUGGCGUCGAGUACUACCGUGGCAUUCCCUAUGCCAAACCCCCGACUGGAUCUCUGCGACUGAAGCCUCCGGUGCGCCUCGAGAGCUUCGGCUCGAUUCAGGCCACUGGUGUUGGUCCUGCGUGCCCUCAGAUGACUGGCUAUGAGAUCACACCACUCCUACUGGAGGUGCUGUUACUGCCCGACGCCCAGGAGACUCUGUUCUUUGGUACAUCGCUAGGUGACGAGACCGAGGACUGCCUGACCAUCUCAGUCAUGCGACCGGAGGGCACAGCAGCCGAUGAGAAGCUGCCUGUCCUGUUCUGGGUCUACGGUGGAGGUUUCGAGAUGGGCAGCUCGCAGGCCUAUGACGGAGCGGUGCUAAUCCCCCAGUCUGUGGCCCAGGGCAAGCCGAUGAUCCUUGUGACCGUCAACUACCGGGUUGGAGCCUUUGGGUUCCUGGGAGGAAGCGAGGUUCUGGCAGAUGGAGCCUCCAACCUGGGUCUCCUCGACCAGCGCAUGGGCUUGGAGUGGGUGGCAGACAACAUUGCUGCCUUUGGCGGUAACCCUGAUGCCGUAACCAUCUGGGGCGAGAGCGCCGGUGCCAUGAGUGUCUUUGACCAGCUUGCACUUUAUAAUGGCGACAACACCUACAACGACCGACCCUUGUUCCGGACUGCCAUCAUGAACAGCGGCAGCCUGACUCCCACCCAGCCCAUUGACGGAACGAAGGCCCAGGAUAUUUUCAACUCGGUGGCCGAAGCUGCUGGAUGUGGUAGCGACUCAUCCAAGCUCGAGUGUCUCCGUGGGGUUGACUACGAGACGUUCCUGAAUGCAUCGAACAGUGUUCCCACAUACUUGACCUAUAGUUCCCUGGCGUUCAACUUCGCUCCCCGACCAGAUGGAAAGGUUCUUACUGCCAGCCCGGAAGUUCUCGCCCAGAGUGGGAAGUACGCCAAAGUCCCAUUGAUCAUCGGCAACCAGGAAAACGAGGGAACCGUAUUUUCUCUCUUCCAGGACCUCGAAACCGAAGAAUCCUUGGUCGCUUACCUCAAGGAGGUCUUCUUCCAGAGCGCCAGAACCGAGGAGGUCGCAGCUCUGGUCGCCACCUACCCCAGCAACCCCGACAGCCCCGGCGGCAUCGGUACCACCAUCACUGCCUAUCCAGAGUUCAAGCGCCUCGCCGCUAUCCUGGGCGACUAUGAAUUCACCUUCAUGUCCCGCCUUCUCCUCGAGACACUCCCCGACACUGUCCCCGCGUGGUCGUACCAGUCCACAUAUGCAAGCGGUACCCCGAUCCUGGGAACCUACCACAGCACCGACAUGCCUCGUCUGUUCUACAAGACUGAUAACGUUAGCACGGCUCUCAAGGCCCUGUACAUCUCCUUUGUGGGCUCUCUGGACCCUAACGAGUACGAAGAUGCGACAGGGUACUUGACCUCCUGGCCACAAUGGAAGGAGAGCAAGCAAUUGUUGGAGUUGGGAGCUGAAUCUACUCGGCUCAUUACUGAUGAUGCUAGGGCUGGUAGCUACGAGUAUAUCCGCAGCCACCUGGAGGCUUUGCGUGUGUAG